AAACAAUACUUUUGACUGAUAGUCAGCCAUGAUAGAAAUGCGACAAGCUGAAGCGACGAAGAUGCCAAAAAUUUGGUUUGUUUUGCUCAUUGCUCAGGCAUCGUCAGUUUUUGGGGUGCCUACCAGAACUGAGGGUAAUGCACCCCUAACUCCUCCAUUCUGGGGUGUCAGGUAUGCAGUGACAGGUGUUCUAAGGCUGCCGUAUGCACAGAUUGAGGAGCCAUUUGCGGCAUGGUUUGAUGGAGUCAAAAACCGAAGCAGGAUAGACUUUUAUGGAGGAAUGGAUGCCGUUAUACAGAGAAGUGACAAAGGAGACUUCGGACAGAUUUUCAAACUAUCACCAAUGACAGACGAAAAAGUAGUCAACAAGAAGUCAUGUUUUCAAAUAAAUGGAACAAAGGAAGGAAAAGUAACGCCACAAGCAUCGCUACCAGAUACAGGCAACUUUCAGUUCACAGGCAUGGUUAGUUACAAAGGACAGUACGUGGAAAGCUGGCGUCUGGUCAACGAGAUGGGCAGCAAAGUGAACACGUAUACUGUAUACGUCACGAAAACUGCACGAUCUCCAGUCUACUAUGAGAUGCUUGGCUUCGAUUCGCUAUACGGCUCACAUUAUGAUGAUUAUAAGAUAACGUAUGAUUCCUACAUGACUGAAUACAAUGAUACGGUGUUCGAUGUUCCGAUCAAAGAUAUCGAGUGCGGGGGUUUCCCAGGACCGGGUCACGAGGCAAACAUUGUAGUCAAUCCGAUGCAAGAAUUCAUUCAUCCAACCAACGAUGAGCAUCUGCAUCCUAUGUUCAGCGAUUUCACAACAAAAUACAAGAAGGAUUAUAUAAACCAGGGAAUCGAUGAAUAUCAUAAAAGAUUGCACAUUUUCAGGCACAACCUGAGGUUCAUUCACUCCACAAACCGUAAAGGACUAACCUACAAAGUAAAAGUCAACCACCUCGCUGAUCAAACCCCCAAUGAACUGCGCAAGUUGCGUGGGAAAAAGAAAUCUGAUGGCAAAUACAACGGGGGCAAAGAAUUCAAGCCAGUACUGAAGCCUCAUGAAAUACUGAAGCCUCAUGAAAUCCCAGAAACAAUGAAUUGGAGGCUGCGUGGGGCUGUUACGCCUGUGAAGGACCAAGCUGUUUGCGGCUCAUGUUGGAGUUUUGGAACAACAGGGACAAUAGAAGGUGCUCUAUUUCUAAAGACUGGAAAACUGGUGCGGUUGUCUCAACAAAAUCUUGUCGAUUGCUCAUGGGGCUUUGGGAAUAAUGGGUGUGACGGGGGUGAAGACUUCAGAUCCUACCAGUGGAUUAUGAAGCACGGUGGUUUAGCGACAGAGGACAGUUAUGGCGGCUACCUCGGAGCGAAUGGGUAUUGUCAUUUCAACAAUAAAGAAGUUGUGAUUGGUGCAAAGCUGACUGGAUACGUAAACAUCACUUCCGGGGACAUGAACCAAUUGAAAGAGGCGAUAGCAAUGAAAGGGCCAGUAUCAGUUGGAAUUGACGCCUCUCAUUUAUCACUGUCUUUCUAUUCACACGGCGUUUAUUACGAGCCAAAGUGCGGUAACACUCCCGACUCGCUGGACCACGCGGUUCUUGCUGUCGGAUACGGAGUGCUGAAUGGGGAGCCGUACUGGCUGAUAAAGAACUCUUGGUCCACAUAUUGGGGAAAUGAUGGCUACGUCUUGAUGUCACAAAAAGACAAUAACUGUGGAGUAGCAACGGCAGCUACUUUUGUCACAAUGUAAAAGUGACAUGUUAUGCUGAGAGCUGCAAACAUUACGAUCAUGAGUUUAAUGUACCGAAUUGAAACAUUCUUCAAUUGAAUCGAAUUUAUACUUUUUGUCUCAAUGUAUAAAUUGAUUUUGAUGAAAAUUAUUUCUAUCAAUCGCAAUCAAAUAUUAUUUCUAACAAA